CAUCUGGGUAUCGCGUCCUGAGCAUUUCGUGCGUUUCGCUGUUCAUUUUCGUGUUGUUUGGAGCAUCGGUGGUGAGCGUCUCGGGCGUCUUGCGCCCCAUUCACCUCGUCCACAAGUGCGCCGCAUUCCUUCGUCUCGUCGGCGAUUGGUGUUCAGUGUGGUGACGUCAGAGCGCGACCGCUCAUGAUAAUGUGGUAUUCAACAUGGCCGAGUGGUUCGUGUAGUGUGUGCCAGUUGCGGUCGUUUUGAAUGGAUUAAUUCGCAUAUAAUGCCGCGGAAACGCAACGGAGAGCUGCCUCUGCCCGAAGGUUGGGACUACGGCCGGGACUACGACGGCAAGAUAUACUUCAUAGAUCAUAAUUCGAAGAAAACGACGUGGAUCGACCCCCGAGACAGGUUCACGAAACCGCAAACGUUUGCUGAUUGCAUAGGAAACGAGCUUCCAUUAGGAUGGGAGGAAGCGUACGAUGGCCAGAUCGGCCCCUACUACAUCAACCAUCAAACCCAGUCAACGCAACUCGAAGACCCCCGACAGGAAUGGAGAGCUAUCCAGGAGGCCAUGCUACGGGAGUACUUGCAGACGGCGCAGGACGUCCUCGAGGCCAAGAAAGACAUCUACCAUGUCAAAUCGCAGCGGCUUAUGUUGGCCCAAGACGAGUACAACCACUUGAACAAUGCCUUGGCCAAUCUGGCCACUUCUCGAACAAGUCUUUAUUCGUCUGCGAGCGGAGUUAGCACAAAGUAUGACCCCGAUUUACUCAAAUCGGACGUCGCUUUGGCCAAAAACAGGGUAUCGAGGCUAAAAUCCGAGUUGGAGCAGAUCCGAAAUGAGAUGAAGUACACCCAGAAAGGCGUCGAUACGUUAACUAAUGUGGAACAAAAAUUGAGUUCGCAUCAAGGAUACAAUAUUGUCGAAGCCCAAGCAAUAAUGGCUGAAUUAGUCAAUAUUCAGAAAUCUCUGUCGAGUGGCGAGAAAGAAAAAGCUGAAUUGAUGCAAUCUUUGGCGAAAUUGAAGGACGAUUUGACCCGGCUUCAACUCUCUGAAGAUUCCCCCGAUAUUUCAACUUUGAGUCUUCCUCAAGAGAAGUUGAGUACGGCUUCUCAAACUGACCUCUCGUGUGAGUUGGUACCGAUUGGGACAAGGUUGGCAGAAAUGGCCAAAAUGCGUUUAGAGUAUGACGAAGCGAGGAAACAAGUGCAACACAUUCAACAGAAACUCGCCGACUUGGAAGAGAAGGUGCAACCGGGACAAGUCGAGUCGGACAAAGACCGACUGCUUCUUUUCCAAGAAAAAGAACAACUUUUGAGGGAAUUGAGAAGUAUCACUCCUCGAAUGCGCUCGAAAGAGGAGAUGAGCGGAAUUCAGUUAAAAUGUAAGAAAUUGGAGCAAGAUCUGAACAAAGCUUUGGAAAUGUCGAACCGGGCUAUAGCCGACCGGUUACGACUCCACGAAGAAAAACAACUACUACUCCAACAACUAAGAGACGCUUUACGUCAAAUGACCCAUUUGGAGUCUCAUCUGAAGACGCUUUCGGCGAGUACGCUAUCAGUCAGUUCUAGUUCUAGUCUCGGUUCGUUAUCAACAACUUCAAGCAAAGGCUCUUUGAGUUCGGGUUUAAGUUUCACGGAUAUUUACGGUGGACCCCAGUGUUCCUCCAAUCUGGACAAACCCAUCGACAUGAUGGAUCUCCACCGACGAGUCGAAAGAGUCCUCAAAGUGAAAUACUCGACUCCUUCACCUUGUCGCUCCCAACCCUCUUUAUCCCCCCGUAGUUCACUAUCCUCAGUGUCGCCUCCUGUAUCCCCCAUGUACGAAAACCUCCCAUGCGCUGUCCCUCCGCCGACGUACGAGCAAGUCGAGCGUGACCGUCAAGUGCAAAGACUGAUCGAGGAAUUGGGACAUGAGCAGCCUCAAACUCAACCGAAAUUGAGUCGGUACUCAUAUGAAGGCGACCCCCCGCUGAGCCCCAUCUCGGAGACGCCGCCUCCGAUUUUAGAACAUGACGGAACGGCGCUUUCACGGACAUCGUCUUCGGGGACGAACACCAGGUCGGUUUCGGCGGCAGUGAGUGACGAGUCGGUAGCGGGUGAUUCGGGGGUUUUUGAAGCCUCCAAUCGGAAAAAACUGGUGGAGCCUGACGUGGAAACGGCGCAGGUCCAAAUCAAGUUGAGAUAUGCUUCGGGAGAGAGUUUACUGAACGUGGGGGUGGAAAGAGCGAGGAAUUUGGGGGCGUUGUACAUCCCGGAGAAUGCCCAAGUGUUUGUCAAAAUUGCGCUUUUGCCAUCAGGAACAAGCACGCCCUCUGUGUAUUGCACCAAAUGUGUGAAGGACUUGAAGAAGCCUAGUUUUGGUGAUGUUUUUAACAUUAGCGUACCUGUGAAUAAAAUUUAUACAAAGACUCUGCAAUUAAAUGUUUGGAGUAAGACUGAAGAGCAGGAGAAGUGUGUGGGUUGUGCCCAGGUCAGCUUAGCUGAUUUCAACGUCCAGCAAGUGUCUCAAAAGUGGUACAACAUUCUUAGUUUGCAACUAAUCGACACCAGGGAGGACCCAAAAUCAACUCAUAACCACCAAGAGUCCGACCCAAUUGAUCCAUCAACCAAACCAUCGGUCCUCAAAGAAGAAAGUUCCGACGAUUCCACGAUAAUUUCCUCUCAAACUUCAACUCUGACCCGAAACCAAGACCCUCUCAAUUUUCUUAAUACUGUCAACUUCACCCUCGAAGACAUUUACAAUUGUAUAGACCGCGAAAGCGAGGAAGAAAUUGAGGAAGAGGAAGACGAAGAGGAGGAGGAAGAAGAUGUUCUUGAGGUUCUUGAAGAAGAAUUUGAGGCCUUUUCCGACAAACAAACAAACACCGAAUGUGCCUUUUACCCCGAGCACGCUAAACAGAUGAAAAUGGCCGCCGCUGGUGCCUCACUGGACGACCGAGGGGUCAUCAAAAGGUCACAGACCUUUACCCCGAGUGCCCACGUGAGCAAAAACCAAUACAUAUGCAAGUUGAAUCGAAGCGACAGCGAUAGUGCGAUGCCUCUGUAUCGACGUGGAGGCAAGCCUUUCGAACGUAAUGCUGUUGAGAGGCGUUCUUUGAGGUUCAGGAGGCAGUCAGUAGCCUCACGACCACAGAGCCAUCUUCCAACCACAGCACGUACUUCCCUCGAUCUGGAAUUGGACCUUCAAGCCCAACACACGCGACUCGACAUGUUACAUUCAGAGUUGAAUAGAUUGAGAGAAUUGAAAGCGAAGUUGGAAGAAGCGAAAGAACGUGGAGACUCCGAGUUGGCCACUUAUUUAUUGGAGGAUGAAAGGUUCCAGAAUUUGAUCGCACAUGCGGAGAGUUUCCGAAAUCCGAAAACACCCGAGGAGAAGAAGGCGGAGAAGAUGUUGAGGAAAGUCUCGAAGGAGAUUUAUAAGUUGAGAAAAACGAAAGCGGGGAAUGGAAAACCGGACAUCAUUUCAUUCAAGGAGAAGAUGGCGUUUUUCACUCGGGUGAACAGCAAUGUGCCUUUUUUGCCCCCCGACGAGUGCCAUUCGAAAGACAAUGAACCAAAUGACAGUGCACAGUCGGGUCGCUACGAAUACGUCGUCGACCGCGUCUUGGGCGUCGAAGUUUGAUUUAUUUAUUUAGUGAAAUUGUAUAUUUGUACAUUGUGUAAAAACGGCGUGUCUGAAAAAACGUGAAAUAUAUUUUCUGAUGUGAU